ACAACGCCGCAAUGUGUGGCGUCAUGAAGCCGAAAAAGAAGAAGACGACAACAACGAAGGCGCACAGUUGCACGCACUCAUGAAGGUUCUGCGGUGGAUGUUUUAUCCCGGCUCCAUUUUCACGUAAACCAAGUACGCCCGGCACUUGGACCGUCUGUUGGUGUUCACUCAUUGGGGAAACAUGUAUCGCGGUCGGCCUCCACCGAGGGGACCUUACCCGCCAUCUUUCGAGGGCCGCGGCCGACCGCCGUUGCAGCCUUACCCACCACCAGGCCGCGGAAGGAGCCUAGGCAGAUCUCCACACCACUCCGAGCCUUACCCACCACCAGGCCGAGGCAGACCUCCACACCACUCCGAGCCUUACCCACCACCAGGCAGCGGAAGGAGCCGAGGCAGACCUCCACACUACUCCGAGCACCACGACCACGGCUAUCCGGACCACCGGCGCUCGCCGCCGCACGGAAAAUACCUUCCUUCGCCCUCAAGAGACUACCAUGGUCGAGGACACUCGUCCGGAUCUCCACACCGAGAGAGGUCUCACUCGCCCCGCCCGGGGCAUCCCAUCAACCACAACCUCGUCAUCACCGUUGGCAACGAGCUCACAGGCUCCUCCUCGCAUCACCACGACAGGGACCUACACCGCAGGUAUGAGCACAGUCACAGCCGAGAGCGAAGUCCGGACCGGAGCCGGGCAAAAAGUCGAGGACGCAGCAAGAGCCGGGCGAGGAGCAAGAGCCGGGCGAGGAGCAAGAGCCGGGCGAGGAGCAAGAGCCGGGCGAGGAGCAAGAGUCGCAGUUUGGACCGCAGCCGGGCUAAGAGCCGGGGUCGCAGUAAGAGCCGCACUCGCCUUAGGUCUAGAUCCAGAUCCAGGUCCAGUUCUAGAUCCAGGUCCAGAGGGAGGAGCCAUGGUCGGUCCUCGCCAAGUCGGAACAGCAGCAAAAGCAGGAGGAGUCGAAGCAGCUCCAGCAGUAGCGCUGAACGAGGAAGCAGGAGAAACUUGAACCAGCUGCGAGGCGUUGGCCGCAAGAAGGCCCUGGAGGACACCUGGAGUCUGCCCACCAAGUCCAUACUGAAGAAACACGGCGAAAGCGAAGACUCGCCAUCACUAAAGAGCACAGACUCGCCGAGAGAAGCAGCGGGGUCCACCAUUUCUACCGUGGCCGAGCAACUGCUGCAGGCUUGCAGAGGGAUGGAGCCGGCCGCCAUGGCGUCCAUGUUGAUGCAGCUGCAGUCCGACCCGCUGAUCGCUCAGAGUGUGGACAUCAAGGAGAUCGUCAACCUACUGGACGCCGGCAUGAGCGGAAGAGCAGAGAGCCCAGAAAAGACGGCGGCGGACAUGGACGACGAGGAGAAGUUCCUGUACGGGGAGUCUCUGGAGCCCAAAUAUUCGGCGCAGUCUCAGCCGGCCCAGAGCCACACGUUUGAUCUUUACGAGGACGUAACGGAGGAGGCGCUGUACAGCGAUUAUCUGCCUCGCGCUGCCUCCCCCAUGUAUGGCACCCCACCUGUGGCGUUGCCCCACCUCCAGGCCUCUCCUACCACCAGCGACGUGGACUCCAUCUGGCCUCCCUCCGGCCUCAAGCCCAACAGCGCCGCCCCGGCGUCGACUUCUGCCCCCGAGUCAGAAGAAGUGACGCAUAAGCAGGAUUCGGACAAGUACCAGAACAUCCAGGAUUUGCUGAAAACCAUCGGCUUGGACCUCGGCGUGACCGAGAUAACUAAAAUGGCCGCCAGGACCAAGGAGCGGCUGGAGGGAAACAAGCCCGCCCGCAAGACGCCGACGAAGCGCAGACACCACUCGUCCAGCAGCUCGGAGGACAGCCGCGGGAGGCGGAGCCACAGUAGUAGUAGCAGCAGCAGCAGCUCGGACUCCAGCGGCGACGACGCCGCACCCGCACGCGCUGCCUCCAAAGAGUCGCAGCAGCAAGCGUCCGACACCACGACGGCACUGCCCGUUCUGCCCGUCCCCUCCUACCCCCCACCCCAGGUGCACAACAUGAUGCCCGCCGGCUACGGCCAGUACGGCGGCUUCAUGCCAUACACACAGCCGCAGUGGUCGCCCAUGUACCCGGCCCCCAACAACUUCCACCCCUCCCUGCCGUACAACCAGCCGUACGACCAACACCCACCCCCUGAGCGCAAGGUCAAAGCGUCUCCCGUCCUCGUCCAGGUGUCAGAGCUGGAAAACAAUGAGAGCGAGAAGCAAAAGGUACUGGAGGAGCGUGAGAACCUGAAACAGGAGCGGGACAUGCGCAUGAAAAAGAAGGAAUACCUCAUGAAAGAAUUGGAGGAGCUACGCAAGCAGCAAGGUGAGCUGCUGAGGAAGAAGAGGCGAGAGAAAGACGGCCACAAAGACCCGCUGCUGCAGGAGAUCGGCCGCCUGCAGGAGGACGUCAUCAAACGGAUCUCCAACCUCCGAAAGGAGCACGAGGCAGCCGAGAAGAAACACAGCGAGAUCGACAAAGUGGCGCUCAUCCUGGGUCUGAGCGCUUCCGACCGCUCCCACAGGCUGGCUGACGCGCAGGAGGACGACGCCUCGCAGCCCCGCAGCAAAAUGCAGGCGAUCGAGCACAACCCUGGACGUCAACAAGAUGGCAGCAUGUCUCAGAAGCAGAAAGUCCCGGAACCCAAGCCGCCGGUCAUUUCACAGACUCCGCCCCCUGACCCGUUUGAGUACUACGACGCCGGCAACCACUGGUGUAAAAACUGUAACACCACCUGCGGCUCCAUGUUUGAUUUUUUUACCCACUUGCACAGCAAAACGCACUGGAAGACGCUGGACCCUUACCACAGGCCUUGGGCUUCGUCGCCGUCCAAAGUCCUUCAGAGCAAACCACCAACAGAAGAGAAGCUAACAAAACCAGCCAAAGGUUCCGAGUUCCUACUUCCUGUCCGAGGAUUUUUCUGUCUGCUGUGUAAGAAGUUCUUUGGAGACGGCAUCUGUGCAGAAGAGCACACCACCACUCACUUUCACAACGACUGCUACAAGAAAAAAAUGUACGAGAAUCCGCUGUACGAGCAGAGAAGGAACCUGGACCGGCAAGCCGGGCUGGUCGCCGACGUGACUGCAAAGAAGCUGGAGAAGGACAAGAGCGGCAAAAAGAAAGCCAAGAAGGAAAAACAAGAUGAAGAGCGUGCAUUGAAAGUGGGACAAGAGGAAGAGAAGGCAAAAGCUCUGAAGAUAGAGGAAGAGUUCAAAAUGAGCAAGACUCGAGACGAGCACAGUCCUUGUCCCAGCAAGAAAUACGAGGAUGAAAAGUAUGAGUCCAAGAAGAAGGACAAGUACUAUCCUGACAGAGAGGAAGACGCCAGGCUCAAGUACAUCAGGAAAGAUGAGGAGGAGCCAGGUAUCCGUCGUUAUCGACAUCACAGACAGGAAGAGGACAAGUACGACAGACGGCCCCGAUACGACCCGAGAGACGAGGACAAGCACAAAUUUGCGAAAUAUUCCGAGGGCUAUUCCAAACACGAGCGUGAACGAGAAGUCAGGAGCAUGGAGAAGGACACGUCGAACAAAAGCCAAGCUACGCCAGAAGCAAACAAGCAACCGAAGCCUUACGAUCCGCCCAAAGUCAUGAGUGGACCGAGUCCGGCAAUGAGAGCUAAACUCCGCAAGCAAAGCUUGGAAGCCACCAAGCACGCGGCUGUGACCUCGGCGUCUACCUUUGGGAGGUUUACUUGGAAGAAAAAGGAGAGUCAGCUGGCUCUGGAUGCCAAGAAAGAGGCCGCCCAGUUCAUCGAGGAGGAGGAAGAAGCCUUGAAAAAAGCCAAAGCCACGAACAUAGCUGACGGUAGUUCCACUGGCGACACUUUUGCAAAGUCCGUAGCCCUCGCCCAAGAGAUCGCUCAAAAGAUGUGUGGGAACAGAAGGACCAUGCCUUGGGCGUCAAAGGGGGUCAAACAAUCUCAGAUCCGACCCAACUUUCCUGUCCCUGCCUCAGAAUUCAAUACAACAGCCAUGACGGGAAAAGCUGCACCGUUCGUAAAACCCCAGAGCUCAGGUAGUCCAACAGAGACUAAACCUAUUUUCGCAGCUUCUAACACAAAGUUUGGUCCUCAUCCCCCUGUGUCUUAUCCUGCCCCACUUGUUAAAUCUCUGCAACGGUUUCCGGCUCCUCAUGUCCCACUUGUGUCUCAAUCUGUGCAGAGGUUUUCUAGUCCUCUUGGCCCAACUGUGUCUAAAUCUCUGCAACGGUUUCCUUGUUCUACUGGCCCGGCAGUCCCCAGACCAGUUCUGACUGUGUCUCAGCCUGCCUCGUUAGUCCCCAGCCUCGCUCCCGCUGUGUCUCAGCCUGCCUCGUUAGUCCCCAGCCUCGCUCCUGCUGUGUCUCAGCCUGCCUCCUCAGUCCCCAGCCUAGCUCCGGUUGUGUCUCAGCCUGCCUCCUCAGUCCCCAGCCUAGCUCCAACUGUGUCUCAGCCUGCCUCCUCAAUCCCCAGAUCCGCUUUGCUUGUGUCAAACUCUGCCUUCUCAGUUUCCAAAGCAUCUCCACCCGCAUCUUUAUCGCUAACUAGUCCGGAUCCGAAACUGUCUGGGCUUGAGCCAUUGGUGGCUGACCCAGUUCCCCAAGAAUCGAAACCUAACACAGCAGACGCCGCUCCAUUUGAAACAUCAACAAACGAGCCAGAUGUGGCAGCUCCCGGUGUCCCCGAGAGUGAGCAGACUCAGGCCGUGUUUGUCAAGCCCCCACCGUUCAUCAACACAAGUGAAGGAUCUAAGAUGUCUAAGAAACCAAAAAGUAACCUGGCUGCAGCCAAAGCCCAGGACUUAUUUGGUAUCUUCUACAGCAGCAUAGACAAGCCAGGACUUUUGUCGUUUACAAAGUCGACUACAGCCAACAGGGGUGAAAAGAGUAGCACCCAGUCCAUUAGCAGUCCUUCUCCAAGCCAACGAGCUCCACAACCUUCUAACACACCUCAGCAGACACAAAAUGGUUUGCCACAAACCCCAGAACCAGAGUCCCAGUUGGAUAUUCACAUUGAAUCUGUUUGGUCUUUACAGACUGGCUUGGACUUAGCACAUGAGAGGGUUCAGAGUCCGCAUGAUCAUGAACCUGCUAAGACAGCACCCAUGUCACAAAGUCAGCAUGAGGAAAAAACAGUUUCCGAACCCAAAAUACAUGAUACCCCAAUUCAAGACCUAAUAGAACCUGCUGAUAUAGCAGCACCCACGUCACAAAGUCAAGAACAGGAAAAAACAGUUUCCGAACCCAAAAUACACGAUGAUACCCCACUUCAAGACCUUCCAGAACCUGUUAGGAUAGCUCCCACGUCACAAAGUCCACAUGAGGAAAAAAACGUUUCUGAAACCAAAAUACCCAACGAUGCCCCAAUUCAAGACCUUCCCGAACCUGCUAAGCUAACACCUACGUCACAAAGUCAGGAACAGGAAAAAACAGUUUCUGAAUCCAAAAUACACAACGAUACCCCACUUAAAGACCUUCUAGAAACACCUCCAGUAACGGAUCAUGAAUCCACACCUUGUCCUAGCUCUCAAGGAAAAACUGCUCAAAAGAGAAGUCCUCCCGUUCGCACCACCCCUGUACGACAAACACGAUCCAAAACCAGAUCCCAGACCAGGCAGCAGCAUUUUCAUGUCCAGUCAGAACCAGAGCCGGCCUUGGGAGUUUCUGACUUAAACAUCGUGGAAUUCUCGGAUCAGGACUCUGGGCCACAUCAAGCACGCAAGGAGAUUCCCGAAGCGAUGGAAACAUCUGAAAAUGUGGACGUGACCCUUACAGACUCCCAGUUGACUUUUGAGUUAGACGGGGUCGGACUGAGAAUCCGGGAUGAUGAGUUCAGUCAAUGAAGUUUCCAGGAUCAUGGAUCCACAGGAUCAAACUUUUGUCUGCUAAGAAUAGUUGCUUUUGGAACGCUCUUACUUUUGAUCCCAGAUUCCAUUACAGUUUUUCCUCUGUUAUACAGGGAUUAGUCCGGUCCUGACAGAGACCCAUUCAGUAUUUUUUAUUUUAUUUAAAAAAGAAAACAUUUGUCAUUCCAAAGUUGUAAAGAAAGUUGAGGAAAACUCCAAGUAAGGAUGGUUCCCCGUCUAGUUCUGCUUCAUUUAAUCGGCGUAGCUUCUGCCUCACGCUCGCUCAAAAAUUUGCUCAGACUGCAUUUUUCUGCUGGUCUUUCCUGGAGGUCUGACACGGGAUGCAUGCCCACUUAGUCCAGGACCUUGGCGUGUUUUCAAUCCAGGAAGGAGAUUAAUUCCCUCAGUGUACAUAAUUCACAUCCGUUUGUCUAAAGUUGUUUUUAUUAAAAGUUCCUUUGAGGAAAA